AUGAACCAUCUGCUAGGGUUUGUCCAAACUGGUCAACGAAGCGAUGACAAAGAAGAUCCACGUGAGAGAAGCACCAAGAAGUUCAAAGGGAAAGGUUUAGAGGGGGAUAACGAAGGAGGAGGAGAUGUGCAUGCAGGAGUGAAGCAGGUGACCACCUUCAAGGAUCUGUUGAUGGGCUCAUCAUCAACGUCAAAACAAUGCUUUGUUCGUGCAGAGACAGAAGUUUUAGACAUUGAUUUGAGUGGGGAGAUGAGCAUAGCGGAGCACACUAUUGGUGACUAUGAAUGCCCAGAAAUCAUCUUAUCUGAAAAAGCAAAGGAGCGGAUCGCGGGGCCUUGGAGGAAGGGAGUGAUAGUUAAAAUGUUGGGGAAGCGGAUUGGAUAUAAAGCUCUGGAAAACCGUUUGAAUCAGAUGUGGGCAAGACAUGAAAAUCUGAGUAUCGUUGAUCUAGGAAACGACUAUUUCACUGUCUCCUUCUCCAGCGAUAAUGAUCAAUAUGUGGCACUCAUGGAAGGGCCUUGGCUGAUUUAUGAUCAUUACCUUUCAGUUAGAGAGUGGAGACCCAACUUCUGCCCGUCAAGUGAUGCGAUUGAACAAAUAGCAGUUUGGGUUAGAAUCUCGGGACUCCCCCUUGAAUACUACGAUGCGCGAGUCUUGGAAUUCAUUGGUAACAGAAUUGGAUCAACAGUUAAAGUUGAUAGGAAUACCCUAAGUAUUGAACGUGGUAAAUAUGCUAGACUGUGUGUGCAAGUGGAUCUCACCAAGCCUCUAUUAGCCCUGUUUGCUAUCAAAGGACGACACUACAAAAUAGAGUAUGAAGGCCUUCAUCUUCUAUGUUUGUCGUGCGGUCGUUUUGGCCAUAACAAGGAGGCCUGCGGUGAACUGAAUGUUAGGCAGGUUUUUUUUUUAGAUGGGCAACAGCGGAAGCAAUCAGUCAAUGAUGAUACCGGUGGGGAUACUGAGAUUAGAGCAUAUGGCCCAUGGGUGGUGGUUCAGAAAAUACGAAGAAACAAGAAACAUAGGCAACCUGAGAUUAAGGACCCGGUGAGGAAGGUGACCGGAAUAGCCAUUGGAGACGUUCCGGCAGGUUCCAACGGCAUUAAUGGAGGAGACAAAACCAAGGGGUCCAGAUUUAUUGUUCUUAAUGAUAGUAUUCCCGCUAUGGAAAUUUCUGAUGUUGGUGACAAUGGAUUGAAAGUUAAUGAUGGGGAAGAAAUAAUUUCCAUAAAUGAGGAUUCUCAACCUCUUAACGUGCUUGGGCCUCGAACAAAACGGAAGGAAAAGAAUCGGCUAGCAAAAAAGUGGUUACACAAGUGA